AUGGCGUUUGUUCUCCUCAACGAGAGUAUCUGCAGCACGAUGCUUCUGCCGUUUGUGGGGCUACUCGUUGCGCACCUGAAAGGCGUUUCCGUCAAUGAAGCGGGCUACUUCUCGGGCAUUCUAAUCGGAGUCUUUAUGCUCGGCCAGGUUGUGAGCUCGCGAAUGUGGGGCUGGGUGAGCGACAAGUACGGGCGCCGGUUUCCCCUCAUCAGUGGCCUGUUCACAAGCGGCUUCAUGAUGCUGGGCUUUGGUCUCAGCACGAGUGUGUGGAUGUGCGGCAUUUUCCGAUUCAUGCACGGCCUUUUCAACGGCAAUGUGUUGGUUGCCAAGACGAUGAUGGCGGACAUUACCGACAAAACAAACGCGGCCAAGGGUUUUGCCUUCGUCAGUCUGUGCUAUGGAAUCGGCGUCUUGAUCGGCCCCACGCUGGGUGGUACGCUGCAUUUUGAAGGCUUCUUCUGGUCAACCUUUGACAGGAGUGGCUUGACCCCUGCCCUGACUUCCUUGACCAGAGUCUUGUGGAGCCCAUACGCACACAAACACAGGCGUGAAGGUCUGCAGCGUUUUGUUGUUGGUGAUGGUCACCAUCCAGAAGAUCCCUCCGCUUCUCAGGGUGUAUAUGUAGGGGAGAUUCACAUCAGACUGGUGUACGUUGACGUCCCUUUGUGGAGUCUUUUGCCUAGUAUGAGAGGAAGAACGACUAAUAUGCAAAGACGGAAAACAGCGAUGUUAACGAUAGAUUUGAAAAGGCGAUUGAUGUCCUUGACUCAACGAGCAGCGGGAGGGACCAGCAGUGCAUGA